AUGACUACCCUGCUCCUCACUGAGCAAAUAACGCAAGAAGACCACGGCUCGGAGGGAAACUACGUCCUUUAUGGAUCCUCGUGUGCCCAAAUCACUGAGGAAGCCGAAUACGUGAAAAAGCUCCCUCGAGUCUCGGGCAAUAGAGCGGAGUCACAGGGCAGUGGUUGGAGCCACAGUCCUGUUGCAACGACGAUGAGGGAAACGGAGGAGCAGCUGCUGCUGGUGAGCAGGGAGAACCAAGUGCUGAAAAUCAAGCUGGAAGCCACGCGAGAAGCAGGCGUACAGGCUCUCAGAUCUGCCUCCCAGAAACUGUACGAGAAUUACCAGACGCGGUCGGAAGAACUCAAAAAAAGCCACGAGAAGGAGAAGCAGCAAAUACAGGCUUUCAACCUCGAGCAAGAAGAAAAGCUCCGGCAGAGCUCGGAAAACGCCGGCCGCCUCGCCGAAGGCAUUGAAGAAAAACGCACCCGCAUCGCCGAGAUGGAGAAGCGCGUGCGGAGGAUGGAGGAGGAAAAGAAAACGCUGAUAGAAAAGAAAACAUCAUUUGAGAAGAUGCUCCAGGAGAUGAUAUCAAGGGAUGAAGGCGGCAAACGGAGCCUGGAUCUCCGGUGGCAGAUCUCCACCCUGCGCGAGCAGAUCUCCCACCUGCAGCGCGUGAUCCAGGAGCAGCACCGCGGCCUGCGCGGCGUCAUCCAGGAGGCAGAGGAAUUGAACAAUGAGCUCAGAAGCCAAGAUAAAAAAAUAGAGAGCCUGACAGAGAAGCUGACUGCACUGGAAGCACAGCGAACGUCCAACGCUCCCGAGCUGCCAAACCGGGCAGUGAAGGAGGAUUUAGGGAGGACGUCGCCCAAACCUUCCCAGGUUCAGGCACGUUGA